GCUCGCCCCUCCUCCCCUCGCCACCUCUAUGUUGUGGCUCUUGCCGCGGGCGGGGGCUGCGGAGCUACGGUGAGGGGGAAGCCCGAGCCUGCGUGCCUCGGCGCCGGCCGGUCGCUGGCAGGGGCGGGCGGCGCUGGUGGCACCCGCGGAGCGGUGCCGCGCAGGUAGAGCCCGCCGCUGCCGGCCCUUCGGCAGGAGGAGGCUGAGGCUGCUGUGGGUGGGGGCCGCUUCGGCUCUUCCCUGCUCGGCGGUGGCUGCGGCCCGGGUCUCCAUGUCGGACAACCAGAGCUGGAAUUCCUCCGGCUCCGAGGAGGACCCCGAGACCGAGCUCGGGCUGCCUGUUGAGCUCUGCGGGGUGCUCAGCAAGUGGACCAACUACAUUCAUGGGUGGCAGGAUCGAUGGGUAGUUCUGAAAAGCAACACACUCAGUUAUUACAAGUCUGAAGAUGAAACAGAGUAUGGCUGCAGAGGCUCUAUCUGUCUGAGCAAGGCUGUGAUUACACCCCAUGACUUUGACGAAUGCAGAUUUGAUAUUAGCGUAAACGAUAGUGUUUGGUACCUCCGAGCUCAGGACCCAGACCACAGACAACAGUGGGUAGAUGCAAUAGAACAACACAAGACUGAAUCUGGCUAUGGAUCAGAGUCAAGUUUACGACGUCAUGGCUCCAUGGUGUCUCUUGUUUCUGGAGCAAGUGGAUACUCUGCAACAUCCACCUCUUCGUUCAAGAAGGGCCAUAGCUUACGUGAGAAGCUUGCAGAAAUGGAAACCUUUAGAGAUAUCUUGUGUAGACAAGUUGAUACUUUACAGAAAUACUUUGACGCCUGCGCAGAUGCAGUUUCCAAAGAUGAACUCCAGAGGGAUAAAGUGGUAGAAGAUGAUGAAGAUGAUUUCCCUACAAUGCGUUCUGAUGGGGAUUUUUUACAUAACAGUAACAGCAGUAAGGAAAAAUUGUUUCCACAUGUGAUACCCAAAGGAAUUAAUGGCAUAGACUUUAAAGGAGAAGCUAUAACUUUCAAGGCAACUACUGCUGGAAUCCUUGCUACACUCUCUCAUUGUAUUGAACUCAUGGUAAAACGUGAAGAAAGCUGGCAAAAAAGGCUAGAUAAGGAGAUAGAGAAAAGGAGAAGAAUUGAAGAAGCGUACAAAAAUGCUGUGACAGAACUGAAGAAAAAGUCCCACUUUGGAGGGCCAGACUAUGAGGAGGGUCCUAAUAGUCUGAUUAAUGAAGAAGAAUUCUUUGAUGCUGUUGAAGCUGCUCUGGAUAGACAGGAUAAAAUGGAAGAACAGUCUCAAAGUGAAAAGGUUAGAUUACACUGGCCAACAUCCUUACCUUCUGGAGAUGCAUAUUCUGCUGUGGGGACUCAUCGAUUUGUCCAAAAGCCCUAUAGUCGCUCUUCCUCCAUGUCUUCCAUUGAUCUAGUCAGUGCCUCUGAUGAUGUUCACAGAUUCAGCGCCCAGGUCGAAGAGAUGGUACAAAACCAUAUGACAUAUUCCUUGCAAGAUGUAGGAGGAGAUGCCAAUUGGCAGCUAGUGGUAGAAGAAGGAGAAAUGAAGGUAUACAGAAGAGAGGUGGAAGAGAAUGGAAUAGUUUUAGAUCCUUUGAAAGCAACCCAUGCCGUUAAAGGGGUAACAGGGCAUGAAGUUUGCCACUACUUCUGGAAUGUUGAUGUUCGUAAUGACUGGGAAACAACAAUUGAAAAUUUCCAUGUUGUGGAAAAUUUAGCUGAUAAUGCAAUCAUCAUUUACCAGACACAUAAGAGGGUGUGGCCAGCUUCUCAAAGGGAUGUGCUGUAUUUGUCUGCCAUCAGAAAGAUACCAGCAUUCAGUGAAAAUGAUCCUGAAACAUGGAUUGUGUGCAAUUUCUCUGUGGAACAUGACAGUGCUCCUCUGAACAAUCGCUGUGUCCGUGCCAAAAUAAAUAUUGCUAUGAUUUGUCAGACGUUAGUAAGCCCACCAGAGGGGAACAAGGAAAUAAGCAGGGACAACAUCCUAUGCAAGAUUACAUAUGUAGCUAAUGUGAACCCAGGAGGAUGGGCGCCAGCAUCAGUGUUACGGGCAGUGGCAAAACGAGAAUAUCCAAAAUUCUUGAAGCGUUUUACAUCAUACGUGCAAGAGAAAACAGCAGGAAAGCCUAUUUUAUUCUAGUAUUAGCAGCGACCGGAACAAGACUGGGUGAGCAUUCCACGUUGGAGAAGUGACCAUGCAUAGAGCACUCCAUGCUGGAACGAAGGAUCUACAGUCUUUUUAUGGCCCAAGUUCUAGGCUCUGAAUAUAUACUGAAGUGAAAAAGUGUUGCAACACCAUGAGGCUGAAUAUUUAACACUAGCUCUCUCCUGCUAACUUUUCUUGCUGAAUCAGUGUGUAAUUAUAAAUACAUGUAUUGAUAACAUGUAUAUGGCUCUUUUUAUUUGCUUGCUUUAAAAGAGGAAGAACGUGUACAACUUUGAAUCACCAAUGUGGGUUACUGCUUUAAUUUUAAACAAGUCGCAGAAUUUCACUGUCAACCUUCCUAAGAUAUUCACACAGUUUUUGUGCAUGUCUAAAAAGCACAAAAGACAAAUGCACAUAUAGCAUACUGUAUGUGCUUUAUAUGCACAAAAAUCUAUGUGGUAUUUUGGGGAGGGAGGGACUUCAGUAAAGCCUAGGUGACUUAUUGGCAGGUUUUGUUUUGCUUUGUAUAAUCACAGUUCAUUGCUGCUGGUUUCUAUAAUGAAUCAUCUUGUUACAUAAAAUGUCAGUUAAUAACUGAGGGCUGUCAAUAUCCUUAUGACUUUGCCUUUUCUAUUGUCUUACUCUUAUGACGAUCUUUGGUUCUGAAGGAGUAAGAGUGUGAAAAGCUUUAUUUUUUCCAGAUAUCUUUAUAUUUCUAUUGUAUUUUUUAGUUAUGUAAUAUGUGCUACAGAAUUUUUGUUAUUAAACAUGAUCCAGAAAUACCUAGGAAGAUUCUGUAUGAGAGGGCAAGAGACUGCCUGAAAGCCAGAAGUCAUCUGUCCAUGCUAUAUGUGGACUGCUUUCUUGCAUGAUAUCCAGGGCUUUCCCAAAGCUGUGAGAAGGUACACUGUAAUAUUUAUUGAAGUAAUUUGGACUACAUAAGACAACAUUCCCAGCCUAGAAUGAGGAUGAGUACAUUAUUUUCAGAUCCUGCAUGUGUCUUCCUCAUCUUAAUGAAGCCAUGCUAUGAGGUUCAUGUAGAAAAUUAUUUCCCUCUUGA